CCUUAGGAACUAGCAAAGCCGAACUAGCUGCCGCCGCGGAACAGCCGGCGCUCGCCUGCGUCCUCCUCUUCCCCCCCGGCCCCCUCCGCCCGAGGCCUAGGACCGCCGAGCCCCCAGCCCACGCCGCGGCCGACAUGAGCUUCUUGUUUGGUAGUCGCUCUUCUAAAACUUUUAAACCAAAGAAGAACAUUCCAGAAGGUUCUCACCAGUAUGAGCUUUUAAAGCAUGCAGAAGCUACACUUGGCAGUGGCAACCUGCGGAUGGCUGUCAUGCUUCCUGAGGGGGAAGAUCUCAAUGAGUGGGUUGCAGUGAACACUGUGGAUUUCUUCAAUCAGAUCAACAUGCUUUAUGGAACAAUCACAGAUUUCUGUACAGAGGAAAGUUGUCCAGUGAUGUCAGCUGGUCCAAAAUAUGAAUAUCAUUGGGCAGAUGGAACAAACAUAAAGAAGCCUAUUAAGUGCUCUGCACCAAAGUAUAUUGAUUACCUGAUGACUUGGGUUCAGGACCAGUUGGAUGAUGAGAUGUUAUUUCCAUCAAAAAUUGGUGUCCCAUUCCCAAAGAAUUUCAUGUCUGUGGCAAAAACUAUACUCAAACGCCUCUUUCGGGUUUAUGCUCAUAUUUAUCAUCAGCAUUUUGACCCUGUGAUCCAGCUUCAGGAGGAAGCACAUCUCAAUACAUCUUUCAAGCACUUUAUUUUUUUCGUCCAGGAAUUCAACCUUAUUGAUAGAAGAGAACUUGCACCACUCCAAGAACUGAUUGAAAAACUUACCUCAAAAGACAGAUAAAAGGAUACAGAGCUGUGCAAAUUGUUCCUCACAUGAAGCUGUGUGGAGUGCAUUUGUAUUUUGUAUUUUAUUUUUAUCUCAGUUGUUUUUGUCUUAGUUUUGGGGGACUUGUUUGGGUUCCUUUUUCUUUAUCCUGAAUAAAUGAAACCAUGUUCUGUUGCUAGAGGAAACCAAGAACCAUUCUCUAUACAUUUGAUGGGGUAAAUUUUGUCUUAGUGGCAUAUAGUAUUUUUUUUAAACUUGGUUUUGAUUACCUAUAAAUUUUUUAUAUAUUGUGUGUUGAAAGAAAAUCCUUAUUGAUUGGCCUACUGAUGGAUGGGAGUUCUAUGUUGGGUAAAUUGUGGCCGAGUUUCUAAGUCCCCAAAAGACGUAUGUUUUUAAGUGCCUUGGCAGGCUCACUUCUGAAGUGUGAAACACAGACAUAGAACUGAGUAGGGCUUGAAACAAUAUUAGGAUUAUUACCCAGGGCACUUACUGAUGCAUGUUUUAAUAUAUCUAUGAUAAAAGCCAUACUACCUAAAGUCAUGAUCUCCAGCUUUUACUACACUGAAGAAACACAGUUUGUAAAGGUGUGCAUUUAG